AUGGCUGAUUACUCCUCAUGGAAGGUCACUGACCUGAAGGCGGAGCUCAAGAAGCGGGGAAUCCCCCAGACUGGCCUUCGUCUCAAGCAGCAGUUUAUCGACAAGCUAGCCGAGGAAGACGCCAAAGCGCAAUCCGAGGACGCAACUGCGCCGCCGGCUGAGGAGGCCUCGGAGACUGACGCCCAGCAGGAUACCGCCCCUGAAGCCACGAACGAGUCCGAAGCACAAGAACCCGAGGAGCAGCAGCCAGAAGAGCCCGAAGCGCCUCCAGCCGCAGAGCCACAUCCCACCGAGUCCGAAACCGGCCCAGCCCCGACGCAGGGUGAGGAGAAACCAAAAGAGAAUGUGUCGCCAAAUGGCCAUGAAGUUGCCGCACAGGCCUCAGCUGAGGAGCAGGGCCCCCAAGAGACCUCUCCUUCUGAAGUGACCGCAAAGGUACCAGAACCCACUGAGCAAGCUCCUGCAAUUGCAGACGAGCCUCUUCCAUUAGAACCGACAAUCACCACUGAGGUUGCCCCUUCAGUUACUCAAACAUCCGGAGCGAACACAGGACUGUCAACACCUCUUCCUGUCGAAGAGGUCUUGGAGGAUAAGCGAAAGCGGAAGCGCCGCAGCCAGAGUCCUGUCCCAACCCCCGAAACAAUCGCACCAAAGAAAGCUCGAUCCCAGGAAGAAAGCCCCCGCGUCAAAUUGAAGGAUGAUGUUCCUGCUGGAACAGAUCCCAAAGACUUCGCGCGACAGGAACAACGACCCGCUGAGACUCCAAAGGAAGAAGCUCCGGCACCAGCCAAACAUGAUGCACGGUUCCGAGGCUUGUUUGCUGCAGAGCCCGCGCCUCCUCGCCCGCCAUCUCCAGUGCAGGAUGUUGCCAUGGUGGAUGCGACCGUGGAACCUGCCAUCCACCCUGCAACCUGUUCUCUCUACAUUGACGGGCUCAUGCGUCCUCUACAACCCAAUGGCCUUCGCAACCACCUGAUCAGUUUGGCGUCCACACCCGAGACACCCAGUGCUGCCGACCUGGUGAAGCAAUUCUGGCUUGAUCCCAUCAAGACGCACUGCUUUGUCCAAUUUAGCGACAUUGCGGCUGCUUCGCGGGUCCGCUCUUCAAUCCACGGAACAGUGUGGCCCAACGAGCGCAACCGGAAGAGCCUUUGGGCAGACUUCAUCCCUGACGAGAAGAUCCAAGAAUGGAUCCGCACCGAAGAGGCAUCCCGGAACCGACCUGGACCUGCCGCUCGCUGGGAAAUCCAGUACAAAUCGAACGAGGAUGGGGCUACUGCUGUCCUAGCGGAAGCUGGAUCAACAUCUCGCCCCGGCCCGCCUAAAGCACUCGAGGCUGGCUUCAAUCGCACUCCGCCAUCAGGCCCACGCGGCAGCAUUGCUCAGCCUGACCGCCGUUCUUCUAAUGCCCCACCUGCACCUCCGGAGCGACUCGGACACGGCUUCAAGCCUCUUGAUGAGCUUUUUGAAUCCACCACCACGAAGCCCAAGCUGUACUACCUUCGUGUUCCUCGGGAGGUGGCAGACAAGCGCCUGGAUCAAUUCGACGAGUUGAUCCGCAAAGGCCAAUUCCCGCGCCGUGGCGGUGAUGAAAUGCGCCGAAUCAGCUUUGAAGACGAGGACCGUUUCGUGGAUGGUGGUCCCGAAUAUGGCCCAGGAGCUCGGCAGAAUCGCCGGGGACGAGGCGGGGGACGAGGUGGUGGUCGCGGCGUCGGGGAUCGUCGGUGGUGA